AGAGGCUAAUUAUAUAUUCCUUCCACCGCCCUCGCUGCACACUUUGCCCGCCGCAUCGCGAUCUGCCCACACAAACCAACGCUGCAUCACCCAACGAAAGGGAGCCGACCCUAGGCAUCGCGCGCAGCGCAGACGGACACCUGUGGCUGCGCCCCGGUUGUGCUCGGCUGCGGUCCCCGUGAGCUCCAGGAACCAGGAUGGCUGCGGUGGUGGUCGCCGUCGAGGCCGCCGCGGCGGCGGCGGGCGGCGCCUGCAGGGGCAGGUCGUACCUGGUGAGGAGCCUCUACUGGAGGCUGCGCGCGGGGCUGCGGAGGCUGCGCUCGGAGCGGGUGGGCAGAUGGCGCGGGGGCGGCCGGCGGCUCAGCUUCCACUACGACGCCCUCAGCUACGCGCUCAACUUCGACGACGGCCGCGUCUCCGCCGCCUUCCUGCGGUGACGACGGCGACUGGCCUUGCGGCGGCGUACUAGCUCCCGGGUUGUACUAGCGCUACCGGCGCUGGAUUUCUUAGCCAAAAAGCCGAUCGAGCAAUGGAGGAGAUGUGUCGCCGUUUCUUGCUAUAGCUGCUUACAGGAAGGAAUUUCUUUCGUUCGAGUCGGCGAUGCCAAAGGAUGCGUCUGUUCUUGAUUCCUGUUGCAUCUGACUUUCUGUUGCGCCGUGCUGUACAUUCAAGCUGGUCUGGUCAUUUCACUGCCGCAUUUGCAUCAUUGCAUUGCAUGCCAGGGUGCUUAUGGGAGAAAUAGAGAACACGCUACAA